UCUGAUUUCGUGAUAUUAGCACGGAUGACAGAAUCUUAGUGGUGUGACCAAGUGUAACGAUAUUCCCCGGGAACAGACCUCCUAAUUCAUAUCGCUUCUCGUUGAAGACAAUUACAUAGCCGACAAGUUCUUAAUUGUCUAGAAAGCCUCGUUUCUUUAUCGAAACCACGCGCAAGCAGCUCAUCAUGGCGACAACAAUUCCUCAAUUCAACGUCAAUUUACUCAAUAAUCAGCGCGUUCUCGGAGCACCUUUUUCAAGGGACACGGUCAUUCCACUAGCACUACGUCCUUCUGCACAUGGAAAUGCUGAGAUCGAACUCGACGCUGUAGUCGAUACAAUAAAGUCUCUACAGAAGCAUGAAAUUCUCACUGAGAAACUUGCUCAGCAUGGAACACUAUUAUUUCGAGAUGUUCCCAUACACAACGCCGAGGAUUUCAGCAAAUUCGCGCACGCGUUUGGCUACAAACCGCAUGAAAUUAUUGGCAUUGUUGUGGACAGGCCUUUGCUGGCCCCAAACGUGGCUCCAGCGAAUGAAGCACCCAAAGAAGUCUUGAUCUAUAACCACAACGAAUCUCCACAGGUGCCUCAUGCGCCGGAGUAUAUUUUCUUCUACGGCCACAGGACUCCUCACAAGGGUGGAGAGACUCCAGUCUCAUCAUCUCUCGAGCUUUUCCAUCGUGCGCAACAAGAGAUACCAGAUUUUAUCAACGAGCUCGCCGGGAAAGGUAUCUUGAGCAAAGUCACUUACAAGCUCGGCAAACAGUACGAGGGUGGCUCGACGUUGGCACAAGCGUUCGGCAAAGAGAUCAAAGAUGGUGACGAUGAGACAACAAGGCGAGCGAAGAUCGAGGCGCAGAUUGCUCGCUACGGAAGAGGCGAAUUUACAACGUGGGAAUGGACUGAAGACGGUGGCCUCGUCUUGACGCACAGGUUGCCUGCAAUUCGCACACAACCUAACACAGGACUGCCAACCCUCUUCACAGGCCUAGCCGCUUACUACAAGACUAGUCAAGUCAAUAACGCUCGAAAGAACGUUACACAGCAGCUCUUCGGUGAUGGCACUCCCAUUCCCGAGAAGUAUCUUGCGCAUCUUGCUGCAAUUACUGACGAGAUUCGGGUGCUACACAAAUGGCAGCAAGGUGACGUGCUGGAAGGCGAGCAGUCGGAUCGCGUAGUGCUUGCUAGUCUCUUUGAUGGUGACAGUGUUCCAGGUGCUUAUGGCUCCAAUGAUUGGACUCAAGUUGUUCAGGCUCUUGAUGGAUAG